CCGGUCGGAGGGGCGCCCGCGGGGGCCGGAGGGGCGAAGGCGCGAGAGCGCGAGUGCGCGUGCGCGAGCGGCGGGGCUUUCUCCGGAGCCGUCGGAGGGAGCGGGAGCGCUUCUCCCGAGGUUGCUUGGCUGUGGUCCAGCAUGCAGAAGUGAGUGUGUGGUGAAAAGCAGUGGAUCCGAUGGGUCGCAAGGAUGUAAGAGCGUUUGAAGGCUUCCACACCCUCUCCUCCAGGCAUCAUCCUAAGAAUUGAUGCCAUGGGGACUCUGGACAAACAGUCUCACUCAGGACGUAUGUGCCCCCUUAGAAACUGGAACUGCUAUAGCACCCUCCAGAUUCUCCCAUGUUGCCACAAAGGCAGGAGUCCCUGCAUGGUCAAGACUGGAUAAUACACUAUCACAGAAUCAUGAAUAAACUGGAGGAUAAGCAGGACCAGAUGAUACCAUGAAGAGAAGUUUACAGGCCCUCUAUUGCCAACUGUUAAAGACUGUGCUCUGGGAAGCAGUUCCCAGUGGAGUCAUGGAUCUCAUCAGUCCAGCUGUUGAACCGGUGAUCUCUGGACAUUUCUGGAACCCACCAGGCUUUCUCCUGACCUUGGCACUGACCAAAGCUCUGGUACUCGCCGUCCAGGAACCAUCUCCCAGGGAAUCUCUGCAGACCCUUCCCUCAGGCAGCCCCCCAGGCACCAUGGUGACAGCAUCUCACAGCACUACCAGACUUUCCUCCAUGGUGACACUGAACCCCAAACCUGAUGGACCCACCUCACAGGCUGCAGCUACUAUGGAAACAACAAUCUCUCAUCCAGAAGGGUAUCCUCCUACAGACACCAUGUCCACUGUUAUGGUGACAGCUGCCAUCCCCCAUCCUGAAAGCCCUCUGCCCACAGGUUCCCCUCCAGCUGCCAUGGCAACCACAUCCUCCCACUCUGAGGGCCACCCCCCAGGGGAUGCUGCCCCUGCCAUCCUGCCAACAAAGCCAGCAGGAGCCACCAGCCGCCCCACGAUGCCCCCACGGGCCACCACUCGUAGACCCCCCAGACCCCCAGGCUCUUCCAGGAAGGGGGCUGGUGGUUCAUCUCGCCCUCUCCUACCUGUACCCGGUAGCCACUCAGCAAGGAAGGAAGGCCAGAGGGGACGAAAUCAGAGCUCAACACACCUGGGGCAGAAGCGUCCUCUGGGGAAAAUCUUCCAGAUCUACAAGGGUAACUUUACAGGGUCUGUGGAGCCGGACCCCUCAGCUCUUACCCCCAGGACCCCACUCUGGGGCUACUCCUCUUCGCCACAGCCCCAGACAGUGUCUCCAGCCACAGCACCCAAAAGCACCUCAUGGGUGCCCCCCACAACCUCCCUGGUACCUGCAAAGGACAAGCCAGGCCUUAUCAGAGCCAACCAGGGGAGUGGCCCCACAUUGACCAGCCCAGCAGGGGAGCCGGAUGCCACAGCAGCCUCAGGCACCCCUGCCAGUACACAGCCUGCCCCAGUGCCUUCUCAGCGCCCUCACGGUGACGUGCAGGACAGCCCUAGCCACAGUGACUCUUGGCUUGCUGUCACCCCUGACACUGACAGACCCCCGUCUGCCAGCUCUGGGGUUUCCACGGUUGCCACGGGGCCCACCCAGGCUGCCUUUGAGGCCAGUGUCUCAGUCCCUUCCCAGGGCAUCCCUCAGGGAGCAUCGGCAACCCCUCAGGCCCCAACCUGGCCCUCUGGGGUCUCAGAAAGCACUGUUUCUCCAGCCGAGGAGAAGACUGAGGCCUCCCCCACCACAACCGACAGGGGGCCCAGACCUCUGUCCACAGUGCUGUCCACGGCCACGGGAAACUUCCUCAACCGCCUGGUCCCUGCUGGGACCUGGAAGCCGGGAACAGUGGGCAACAUCUCCCAUGUGGCUGAGGGGGACAAGCCCCAGCACAGAACCACCAUCUGCUUGAGCAAGAUGGAUAUUGCCUGGGUCAUUCUGGCUAUCAGUGUGCCCAUCUCUUCCUGCUCCGUCCUGUUGACAGUGUGCUGUAUGAGGAGGAGGAAGAAGACGGCCAACCCUGAGAACAACCUGAGCUACUGGAACAAUGCCAUCACCAUGGACUACUUCAACAGGCACGCUGUGGAGCUCCCAAGGGAGAUCCAGUCCCUGGAGACCUCAGAGGACCAGCUCUCAGAGCCCCGCUCCCCAGCCAAUGGCGACUAUCGAGACACUGGGAUGGUCCUCGUGAACCCCUUCUGCCAGGAAACACUGUUCGUGGGAAACGAUCAAGUUUCGGAGAUCUAGAUGCAGCAGCCUCCGAGUUGCCAUUCCCUAUUUUUUGUCUCUAAAUUAUAAAUAUACAAAUAUAUAUAUUAUAAAUAUAACCUUUGUGUAACCCUGACUUAAUAACAUUUUCAGCUUUUUUUCUUAAGAAUUGUCAACAUCUUUUUUACAAGUGUGGUUUAAAAAAAAAUUUACAGAAUGACCCAUGGCUUUAUAAAAUAAAGGUAUUUCUAAGCAAAGCAGUUGCACUGAUUGCUUCUCUUGACUGUUCUGGGCAUGUAGGGGUCUCAGGAGCCCUGGGCAGGUGAGGAAAGUCUCCCAUGGAAGCUGAAUGUGAUGAUGGCCAAGUGAGUGGUCCUUUGUCUGUUCUUGGAGCUAUGGUUGACUCAAUAUGUCUACAUUUCCUGUCUCCUUGUAUGUAUACUUGUAGAGGGGACUGGUGCACCAAGGCAGAAGACAAGCAAGGGUUCAAAACAGAAGGGCACUUGCCAUCCUGAAGUCUCACUGUGCCAUCACUGAAUGUCAACUUUAAUGGACCUAUGGACAUCAAGGCAUCGUGGGGUUCCAGCCCCCUUAUAUCACCCCACAGGAUGCCCCCACCAUGCUAGAAGAAACAGGACUGCCUUUGUCUGGCAGAAAAGUGCUCCCUAGAAACCCUUCUCGGCAUCCCUUUCCAACGCCCCCACCUGCCCUAGACCCCAUGCCUCUCUUCCUGGGAGGACAGAUGCUGCUUUCGGCCUCGGGCCUAUGCCACACUUGUUCUUCCCGGUUCAAGGGUCAAGUGUUUAUUUAGAUUCUGUAUCACUCUCUCUGGAGGCAAUGAUGUUGUGCCCCCUGAGAAACAGGUUUAUCUAGAAAGCCUUGUGGUGUAGAACUAUUUUUUUUUAACCUUCCCUAGUAAAUCUUUAAAGAAGAAGAUUGCCAAAUGAAUCACUCAAGAGAAGUGCCAUUCUGUCUACAGGCAGAAGCGCUGCAGACCUGCCCAUGAACUUGCCAUCAGCUUUCACUUCCCCCUGCCUUCCCUCUCCUAUUCCCGGGUCCAGGUCCAGCUGCAGUCCCAGCCCACACUGAACCCAGUGUGGCCAAUUGGGAGCAGACUCUCAGAGACCCGAGAUGGGCUUCUGGAGGAAUCAUGUUCUCUGUUCCUCUCCUAACCCACCGUGGCUAGGAAUUUAACUUCAAACCCCCUCCCCUUUAAAAGAAAAUAGUUUGAUAGUAUAUUUUGAAUAUAGAUGUUCUUAUUGUCAGAUUGGGACUUGAAUCUGACUGUUGAUUCCAAUGUCUGUGUCGUUGCUGUGGUCUUCUUACCACGACUUCCUUCCCUCCUCCAUUCUCCUUUCAGAAAGAAGGGUGGCCUUCAAAAGUAACAUGUGUUUCUCAAUGUUGUGUGGACCUUCUUAACAUGAGUCUGCUUGUCUCUUUUCAAAGACUUCAACCCACAAAAGCAGCAGGUUAAAUGUCGUGCCGAGACUCGCUCUCUAACACGUUGCUGUCUGACCUUAACCUUAUCAUAAUAUUUCUGUUAGCUAUUGCAUUGAAUAUGCCGAUGUGUGUGCGUAUGUAUAGAGAAAACUUGUUUGUAAAGUAAAAUUUAUAUAUAAUAUAUGUCAUCAAAGAUACAUAUGUUAUAUAUACAUUUGUGGAUGUAUGACUUAUUUUUCCGUAUCCACAGAAUUCAGCUACCAUGUAUAUAUAAAUAAACUUAUUUUAUUACCCAGA